AUGUCACGUCCACAAGUGUCCCAGCAUCCGCAUGCUCAAUCACGAAAUGCAUUUUCAACUACAAACAAAAAUAAUACCGCAAAUUUUAAUGAAAACUCAAAUGUAAAUCAAUCAAUCUCAUAUUCUCCACGUGAUCAGCUGACACGUAAUUUUACAUCAUCACCAACAUUUAGUCCUUGUAAAGUAUGUGGGAAACAAAAUCAUCGAGCCAUUGAAUGUCGUUUUCGACAACGAUUCCCUACACUUUGA